CGGGAUUCGGCUAUUAUGGAAAGCAAAAGGUCAAGUAUUACAACACAAGUGAAUCAAGUGAUUAGUGGCAGCCGAGAUAACGGUUUGUUUGCGUUGCACGCGCAUCCUCGCCGGGCGAGCGGGUCUCGCGGGGGCAGAGGGGGCGGCAUUGCAGCGCGUCAGCCGUCAUCGAACUGUUACUGUUCAUCGUGCGGCGCGUCGGAUCACUUUGCAGUCAAUUGCAAGUUUCAAAACUAUGUUUGUUCAAAGUGUGGUAUCAUUGGACAUUUGCGGAGAGUGUGCACGGUGCAGAGAGCGGGGCAGCAGGGGGGCAGUCGACCCCGUAUGCAAAGGGGUGGACCUGGAGGCAUGGGUAGCACACGGGCUCACUUUGUGCACGGCGAGGAGGCGCCGGAAUGUAGAAGAUGCACCGACAGUGGCGGCGCCGGCGCGGGGGCCAUCGUUGAGGAAAAUUAUAACGACGACGAUUAUGAGGAGCCAGUAAUGCAAAUGUCAUUGAGCAAUUACAGACCGAUACCCUAAAUUAUUUGAUGGCGAGUUGGGGCGUUUCAAUGGUGGCAAGGCGAGGCUACACGUGCGCACGGACGCGGUGCCGGUGUACUGCCGCGCGCGGCCGCUGCCGUACGCGCUGCGCGAGCGCGUUGACUCCGAGCUGGACGCUAUGCUGGCGGCUGGCGUGGUCAAGCCCGUCGACUGCUCCGACUGGGCCACACCGCUUGUAGUGGUCAGCAAGCCCGACGGAGCCAUUCGAAUAUGCGCAGAUUAUAAGGUGACAUUGAAUCGUUACUUAUCGAUCGACAAGUUUCCUGUGCCCAAGAUUGACGAUUUGUUAACUAAUUUAGGAGGUUGUCAGUACUUUAGUAAAAUUGACCUAUCUCAAGCGUACAAUCAAAUUGAACUUGAUAAUGACUCUAAAAAGUAUACGGUUAUCAAUACCCAUAGGGGUUUGUUUAUGUACAAUAGAUUGGUGUUCGGACUGGCUUCUAGUCCGGGA